AUGACUGAGAAUCCUGACAACGUUAACCCCGGCCUCGAGGCCAGACUGCAGGUCUUGACCUCUCUCAUGCAACAAAAUUCAGACAAGGUGGCCGCACUGAAAGCCGAGAACAAUGCAACCCGGACUGAAAACGCGUCCAUUAGGGCUGAAAACCAGUCUUUAAAAGAGAAGAGAAGAGGAGAGCCAUUGAGAGAAUAUGUCAGUAGAUUCAAUAGAGAAAAGAUCUCUAUCCCCUCCUGUAACCCUAAGACUGCUGUGGACGCCUUCAGGAAGGGCUUCCUCCCAGAUGGAGAACUGUACAAAGAACUUACGAAGCUGGGUUGCACCACAAUGGAAGAUGCUCUGGCCCGGGCGGUUAUCCAAAUAAGAUGGGAGGAAGAUGACAUGAAUCGAGCUGCCCAUUCUAAAUACGAAUCAAGGCGGAGCGAUAAAAAGCCAGAGUUUAAACCGGUAGAGCACCACUACCAACCUCUAGCACGCAAUAUGGGCAGAGUCAGGAAGCCUUAUGAUCGCCAACACGCGAGAAAUGAUAACAGGCAGUUUGGAUCGAACCAACACAAGAUACUAGGGUACAACCUCAAUGUCGAGCCAACCCAGGUCGUAGCAAUAAUGAAAGGACUGGGAUCCACCGUCAAGUGGCCUGGCAAGCUCAAUCCCGAGGCAAGGAGAGACACAACCAAGUGGUACGAGUUCCACAGCGACCAUAGGCACAACACCGGAGACAGUAUUGCCUUGCAGCUCGAGGUUGCCGCAUUUCUGAAAAGGGGACAUCUCCGUGAUAUGCUUACUGACAAAGGGAAGAACACAAUUAGCCAGAAAAGCUCCAAAGAACCGUCACUCCCUCCACGGGAACCCACACCAAAAGGUUUAUGUUCGCUCAUUUCUAGAGGAUCAGGGAUCAGUGGAGUAAUUCAGUUUGAAGAUGACGAACCGAUCACCCUGGCUGCUCCUCAUCACGACGCUUUAGUCGUCUCCCUGCAGAUUGCCAACAUCCUAGUGAAAAGGGUGUUCGUAGAUGGAGGUUCGUCAGCAAACAUCCUGUUCCUCGAAGCAGUCAAGGCAAUGGGACUAGAAGAAGCAAACAUCAAUAGGCGUCCGACACUGUUGGUUGGGUUUAGCUUGGAGCAGAAAUACUUUGUCGGAGAGAUCAUCCUUCCCAUCUACGCCGGUGGAAUAAACAAACAGACCGUCUUCCUGGUGAUCGACUGCCCAUCUCCCUACAACGUCAUUUUGGACCGCCCCUGGAUCCAUGACAUGCGGGCAGUCCCAUCUACCUUCCACCAGACGAUCAGGUUUCUAACCAAGUGGGGAGUACGGGAAAUCAAGGGUGACCCUAAAGCUUACAGGGACUGCUACAAGAACGCCUUCAAAGAUACAUCCGGACGACUCGGAGAGAAAGACACAUAUAGGCUCCCGCCUCGAACCCGAGACAAGAGAGAAGCUGAUAGAAUUUCUCAAACAGAACGAAGACUGCUUUGCCUGGUCCCACGCCGACAUGACCAGAAUCAAUCUAGAUGCAAUGGUCCACCAGCUCAAGGCAGAUCCGGAUCACCCACCAGUCAAGCAGAGGAUGAGGAAAUUCGUACCUAA